AUGGCCUCCGCUCCCACUGUUGUCCCGUCUUCUUCAUGCUCAUCCUCUGCCUCUCCAAUGACAUACGAUGUGUUUUUGAGUUUUAGAGGAGCAGACACACGGCACAACUUCACACAUGACCUUUAUGCUGCCUUGGUCGAAAAAGGAAUCAAAACAUUCAAGGACGAUGAGGAAAUUAAAAUUGGAGACGUGAUCUCUGAAGCGCUCGAAAGGGCAAUCAAGAAAUCAAAAUUCGCCAUUAUCAUAUUCUCAAGGAACUAUGCUUCUUCAACAUGGUGCUUAGAAGAACUUUCCUUGAUCAUGGAACGCUGGGAAAGGCAUGGCCAAAAAGUUUUUUCAGUUUUCCUCAAUGGUGUCAAUCCACUGGACGUAAAACACCAGAAGGGGAGCUUUGGAGAGCCCUUUGGCCUGCACGAACAACAAUUCGGCCCAGAAAUGACGGAAAAGUGGAGGUCAGCCCUGAGAAGAGCAACAGCAGAUGAAGUCUCCGGAUGGAGCUUCAAAGACUUUGGGUAA